AUGACCGAAAGGUUGGAAGCGGUAGGUGAGUCAUCUCCCGCAAGCAAUACUAAGUGGGACGAUGGAUCAGACCAUGAUGAUGUAACAAAGAUACGUGUACGAGGUGAUCGUGAAGGCAUACAAUUCAUCAAGUUUGACUAUGUCGGGACUGGACAACUAAACGAUAAAUCCUUCCAUGGUUUCUCUAAUCAAGGUUUCACGCAGACGUUUGAGAUUGAUCAUCUAAAUGGUGAACAUCUUGUAUCUGUUGAGGGUUUCCACAACCGUGAGGUGAUUCAGGGACUUCAAUUCAAAACGAACUGGAAGGUCUCUGAAAUCAUGGGAUAUGAAAAUUCUAACUUUAAGUUUACACUAGCCGUCCAUGGCAAGAAAAUCAUUGGGUUUCACGGAUCUGCUAGGGCCAAUCUCAACUCUCUUGGAGCAUAUGUUACUUGGAUUACUCCAACUAAAUUGGAAGCAAAAGGGGGCAAGGGAAGCAAGGAGUGGAAUGAUGGAGCCGAAUAUGAGGCUGUAACAAAGAUUCACAUACGUGCUGGUUUAAAGGGCAUACAAAACAUCAAAUUCGACUAUGUUGACAAGGAUGGACAUACGAAAGCGGGGCUAGAACAUGGUUCUACCUCGGGUGGAGGUUACACGCUGGAGCCGUUUGAGAUCAAACAUGUCGACAUGGAAUACCUGUUGUUUGUUGACGUUUACUACAACAAGGCUUCCGGUGUGAUUCAAGCACUUCAAUUCAAAACCAACACGAAGACUUCGGAAUUGAUGGGAUGUUACGAUGAAGAAACGGUUACUAAGUUUUCACUUGGAUGUAACGGCAAUAAGAUCACUGGAUUUCAUGGUUAUGCUGACAAGUACCUAAACUCCCUUGGAGCAUAUAUCACAUCGCUUCCUCUAACAAAAUUGGAAUACAAAGAUAGUGUUAAAGGUCGACUAUACGAUAAUGGGACCUCUGGCUACCUCUGGGACGAUGGUACUUUCCAGGGAGUAAGAAAGGUAUACGUUUAUUAUGAUUCUUAUUGUAUACAGUGUGUUCGUUUCGAUUAUGAUAACAACGGCAAAGUAAAAUCCCGUGAGCACGGGACGAAAACUACAGCCAAGUUACAAGAAAGAGAGUUUGUCGUGGACUAUCCAAAUGAAUAUCUCACGUCCGUGGAGGGCACUAACGUAUAUAUUUAUCCUCAAGCAGUGUUAACAUCGUUGACUUUCAAAACAUCAAAAGGGAGGACCUCCCCGUCAUUUGGAAAUGUAUUCGGCCCCAAUCUUGUUGAAUUCGUGCUUGAGAGAAAAGGUUGUGCUCUUGUUGGGUUCCAUGGACGGUCUAUGUAUAACAUUCUUCAUACUCUUGGAGCAUACUUUUUUCCGAUGCCUUCUCCUGAGGAUGGGGAAAAAUUAGAAGAACAAGGUGGUGAUGGUGGUUAUGGUGGUGUUUGA